UCGGAUUAUUGAGCGAACAUGGACGACACGCCUUAGUUUAUAUUUUGAUGCAUUUGUCAAUAAUUUAUGACAAUACCUGACUAAAAAUGGCGUCCUUUCUGUGCAAUUUAUUUAACAAAUCUCGUCUUUCUGGAAUUUCUGUGUUAAAGAACAACUUAAGACUGUUUCACCAGUCGCCUUACCUGGUGGAUAUCCCUAACUGUUCUGUAGCCGAGUACGUAGGAAAGGGAUUUACCAAAUAUGGGCAACUCACAGCGCUAAUAGAUGGGAAAACCGGAAGUAAAACAACAUUUGCUGACCUUGAAGGCCAAAUUAAUAAAACCACGGCUGGGUUCCAAAGCAUCGGACUGACUAAAUCAGAUGUCGUCUGCCUGUUUGGCACGAACGCCAAUGAAUUCGUCCACACCUUAUGUGGUGUAACGUCGGCGGGAGGAAUCCUAACAAUUGCCAACUCACAACUCACUUCCGUGGAACUAUCGCACCAGCUUGUAGAGACUAACACCCGGUAUAUAGUCACCACGCCCGACUGUGCUUCUCGGGCCAGGGGCGCUGCUACUCUCUGUCCCAACAUCCGGGAAACAAUAGUAAUAGGUGAAGCGGAGGGUUGUCGCCCUUUCCAUACACUCCAGACAGUCCGGGACCUCAUAAAGAACGUUGAUGUGAAUCCCAAAGAAGAUAUAGCCUUGAUGCCUUACUCCAGCGGAACGACAGGACUCCCCAAGGGAGUGCAGCUUACCCAUCACAAUCUCGUGUCACAGCUGUCACAGCUAAGGCACCAUACCAUACUUCCGUUUAUUGCCGGAAGUGACGUAUCUAUAAAUCCGUUACCCAUGGUACACAUAGCUGGGAUGAUGAUAGGAUUACUAAACCCUCUAGCUCAAGGCGCAUGCGUCGUGAUUCUACCAAGAUUCGAACCGGAACCUUAUUUAUCGGCUAUAGAGACUUACAUGGGAACGUUUUCGCUCAUUGCUCCUCCUCUGGUGAACUUCUUUGCCAAGCAUCCCCUGGUGGACAAGUACGAUUUAUCGACUCUACACACCCCUUACUCAGGGGCGGCAACUCUGUCUCGGUCUCUCACGGAACAGAUGGUGGAGCGACUCCAUAUCACCAGCAUCAGACAGGGUUAUGGUAUGUCCGAAACUACGGGGGCGACACAUACGGAUCCACGAGAUGGCUGGAAAUACGGUUCUAUAGGCAAGCCUGUCCCUAACACUCAAUGCAAGAUCGUGUGCCUGGAGACGGGAAACCCCUUGGGAGCGGACGAAGUAGGAGAGAUCAUGUGUAAAGGGCCACAGGUGAUGAAGGGCUACCUUAACAACAUGGCUGCCACCAGGGAAACCAUAACAACCGACGGCUGGAUAAAGACAGGUGAUAUUGGUUAUUAUGACAAGGAUGGUCACUACUUUGUGGUUGACAGACUGAAGGAUAUCAUCAAAUACAAAGGUUACCAGAUCUCCCCGACAUAUCUAGAAUCGAUUCUGACGUCACAUCCGGCAGUGAUGGAGUCGGCAAUCGUUGGCAUACCAUGUGACGAGUUGGGCGAGGUACCACGGGCAUAUGUGGUAACAAGGUCACAUGUUACCGCUCAGGAACUGAUCCAACACGUAAACGACCAAGUGUCGCCCUUUAAAAGACUUCGUGGAGGCGUUGAAUUUGUACGGGAAAUCCCAAAGUUACCGAGCGGUAAAAUUUUACGACGAAAAAUCAGGGACGAUAUAUCGAAGAAGACAACAAUCAUUAAAAAGAUGAAGAUGUAAAGACAGCUUCAGCAGGAAGGGCUGAGAGACAAGAAAUAUCUUAAUAUGAAAGGAUGAAGUUCCUCUUUUUUCAGCUUACGUCUCCACCAUUAAUGUUUGCCUGUGGUCAUAUCAGCGACAGAUAAACAUUGUGUAUCAACAGCCUAACUCCAGGUCUUUAUCUACAAAAUAUUCGAUAGAAAGACUUACUCAGCCACUUUCCCUCUCUUCAGUGUUGGAGAAAAUGUAUUCUUCGUCAAAUUUUUACCAAUGAACUGUUAGAAAUAGUUCUUGUUAGAGAAGAGUAUUUUAUGACUACCACCUCUGCAUUGUUGGAACAACUUCUUAGUUUGGACAUUUUGUUUCUCAGCAAAAUUAGAGAAAAUCUUACCUUCGAACUUUAUACAUCUUCCAUUUUAGAGAAAGGUCUGUUACUUUUAGCUUUUACCUCUCAAAGCUUGGACUCUGUUUAGCAUUUUUCUCAAAUAUGUUUUUUUUCUUAUCUUUUUAUCUUCGAAAAUCAGGUGAAAAGUUUUACACGUGUAUAUUCUACCUUUGUUAUAUUAGACUGUCUACCUCUGCAAGUUAUAAAAAAUAUCUGAUUUUUCCACAACAAUCCGAUGCUAUGACAGAGGGAAUUCUACGAUGGUUUAUUAGGUAAGCAGUAUCAGAAAUACCCAUCCUAUGAUUGUCUACCUCAAAAGGGUCAGAGUAAAGUUUCCUCUCAUAAAAAUUGUAAUUAUGAAAGAUGUGCAUGUAUUUAUGAAUGGUAAACAAUGUUUAACCACACAUGUUUUGUUAUGUUAGAAAUUUAAAAAUAAAUCUUGAUUGAAAAUGGUUUUAUGUACGACAUUCAUUUAGAGCACUUUCAGCAGAAUAUAUGGGCAAUGAUACACAGACGGCACGAGUGUGUUUUGCGCCUAUGGAUACAUUUCAAGAGGGAUUCUGAGACAUCAGAUUGACACAAAUGUGUGGGAUUGUAUUUAUCAAAUACCAGCAUUAACUCGUUUUAAUAUUCAAUUUUAUUGAACUCGAAUCAAACAACGACGGCGGACAAAACGACGUCGUGGACGGAAUAAUGGCGUCACGUUUCUAUAGCAUUAAGUGAACUUAAAUGUUCGGAACAUAUUUCUGUUUGAAUUUGUCGGUGUGAUC